AUGUCCACCCGCGGCCGCGCCACCCGUCCAAAGAAACUCAACUCCAAGCAAAAUGUGCAGAUUUUCCGCGAGGAUCAAGUUGAUCCUAUUUCUGACUACGACACCCAACGUGCUGCAAUAGAAACCGGUGUUGAGAAAGCCGAAGAAUCAGAAUACCAUCUCCAACAGGCCAUCAAAGCGUCCGAAGCUGCAAAGGCUGACGCCAAAAUCAAAGAUGCCUACAUUCCCACCCCACCUACCAUUGCCAGUGAUGUCCAGUAUGAUGUCCUCUACCCCAGAGGGUUUCAACAACCCGCCACCUAUAUCCGCUUCUCCGCCACGGUCGAAGACUGUGCAGGAGUUGCGUAUUGCAUGGAUGAAGACGAUGAACUUGCCUUGAAGUUGAUCAACGGCAGAUUGCCUGCUGGACAGGAGCCGUGCACUGAAGACCAAUUUGAAGUGGUCAUGAACUUUUUUGAAGAAACCGCGCAGGCCAAGCAGCCUUUUGCUGCCGUCGAUAGUCCCCCCGUCUUACCUUUAGAAGAACUCGAGGAGCAAAUCGAUGACACCAUCCCUCAUUUCGUCCGCAACCUCUCCAGGUUCAUAUACGAACAUUGGAAAUCGCGGCGGACGGCAACUGGAAAUCGUCCACUGGCUCCUCGCCUCAAAUUCGAGACCGGACAGGAGUCCGACGACAGCGAUCCGUAUGUUUGUUUUAGACGACGUGAAUUGCGGCAAAUUCGAAAGACCAGGAAUCGUGAUGCGCAGAGUGCCGAGAAGCUGCGAAAACUGCGCAUGGAGCUAGAGACUGCGAGAAACAUGCUCUUGAUGGUCAAGAGAAGAGAGCAGCUCCGCAAGGAAGCCAUCGAGGUUGAUCGACUGGUCUUCGAGCAGCGGCAAGCGCUGCGCGACACAAAGAGGAAAUUGGGCAUGAAGGGUGACGAUGAUCUCCUCAUCAAUCAAAAGAAGCAGAAAAUACCACCAGGAAUGACGCCCAACCAAGCCGCUCUCGCUCAGCAACUCAGAAUGCCCAUGGCUCCUGGUCCAGGUCCCGAACUGCGUACCUUGGAAGAAGUUACCGCUGCUCGGGAACGUGAAAUCCAAAAGGAGAUCCAAACCAAUGUUGAGAAACACAUCAGAUGGAAUGAAGGUUUCGUCGACAAGACCAUGGCACCACUUAGCCCUGAUCUUGAGGAUGAUUAUCCUUCGCCCGGCGAACAUUUCCGCGAAGCAAUGGCCGCGACUGAAUACUUGCCAACACCGCCAGCUAGUAUCUCGGAUGAAGAGUCGCAGGAACCGCCGAAUGGAACAGACGUGGUGAUGAAGGAUGUAUCCCGACCAUCGACACCUUUCCGAUAUGCGAGUCCAGCAGACGAAGAAUCCGUCGGACAUAUGCCUUCAUUCAGACGGAGAAUAGGGCGUGGAGGGCGUAUCAUAAUUGAUCGAAGGCUGCCUCGGAUGCGACGAGACUCGGCAGAUGACUGGUCCAAAGAUGAUCGGUUCAAAUUUGACUCGGACGACGAAGAUUUCUCUGAUGCUGAUCCCACUUUACCCGACUUAACUUUUGCUCGCAUGUCCCAGCGGGCGUAUCUCAUCGGCGGCAGCCGACCGACAGAUGCACAGCUGAUAGCAGCGAGGAGAUCACAGUCCGACGCCGCAGGCCCCAGUUACUCUUCUCCAGCAGGGCCGCAUGCACAACCGACACCUGCACCUUCUUGA